AUGGGCAACUGCCUAAGGUGUAGAAAUAUUGAAUCAUCAGUCGAUGUGAGGAAUAACGAUGCGCAGCGUAGAACAGAGGGUGAAUCACGUCGAAGUCGUUUACCCCCAUAUUUUGAGAAUGAUCCUAUUAUGCAUCCCACUCCUGGUGUCUCACGACCAAUGUCUCAGUUAACUGAAGAGGAACAAGUGAGAAUAGCCACUCGGAUGGGUUUGAUUUCCACACUGCCACUGUUUAAAUUUGAUGAAUCAAAAAGGGAGAAGUUGUCUGAGUAA